GGCGUGGCGUCGUCGUGGCGCGUCGCUCCUCGAGGCACGUGCGUUUUUUUUACGAGCGGUCCGCGAGCGAUAUUUCAUAUAUAUACAAUGGCCGCUGACUGCGUGGCGGACGGCGACUACCUCGGCGAGUACUCGCGCUUCUUCGCCGAGUUCGUCGCCAGGGUGAACCCGGACGAUCAGCUGCCGGUGAAGGUGAGCGUCUACGACGUCAACGAGAGCGAGCUCGUCGGUGAGAUCAUCAGCGUCACUCUGCAGUACCUCAAUCGGAUAUACUGUCCACCAAGCUUACAGUCUUACAUUGCACGUCUCGUAAUACAAGCGAUCAAAUCAACAUGCAAAAAACAGCCGGAAAUCUGCGGAUUGAGGCAGCAAGAAAAGACGUACGCGCCUUUGAAGCUCAUGCAAGCCGUCACGAACGAAGUGAACGAGAUCUGCAGGCGGUAUUUAGAUAACAGCAGGUUGGCUCUCUUGCCGCCACCCUCGUCGACGCCGCAAGUGACAGUGGGUGCUAUUAGAAAUGCCAGAAGAAAAAUGGAGGACCGUCACAUGAUCCUACACGACUUAAACACCAUGUUUAAUAUUCAGGACGACACUAUCGUGGAUUACUACGCGGUGUUUGACGGACACGGUGGACAGGACGCCGCGGCGUAUUGCGCGACACAUCUGCAUCAGUAUUUGGUCGAGAGCGUGCACUAUCCUACGGAUCCGGAAAGCGCGUUGCGCAACGCCUUUCUGACUACCGACGCACAAUUCAUAGCGAAAUCGAGUACGCAGAAAUUAAACGGUGGUACCACCGCGGUUUGCGCGUUGCUGAUAAACAAGAAGUUGUACAUCGCCUGGGUGGGCGACUCCAUGGCCUCGCUGGUUACAUGCGGCAACGUGAGACAGUUGGUCAAUCCUCAUCGACCCACGAGAGAAGACGAGAGUGAACGAAUUCGCAAUAUGGGAGGAAUCGUCGUGCAUUGUAUGGGCGUCUUGCGAGUAAACGGAUUCCUCAGUAUAUCCCGAGCCAUUGGCGAUGUCCCGUAUAAACCGUACAUCAGCGGCGAGCCCGAGGUCCGAUGCGUGACUCUGGACGGUACCGAGGAUUUUCUCAUAAUCGCCUGCGACGGAUUGUGGGACUACGUCGAUCAGAGAACCGCGGCGCUCCGCGUCUACCGGCAGGUGCUGCAGAAUCCCUACGAUCUCAAGCACGUGCAUCAGGCUUUGCUGCAGAGUGCUAAGCGCGCGGGUUCCCUGGACAAUAUCACCGUAAUCGUGGUGUUCCUGACGCCGCCGAUCGAGAUCGCCUCGCGCUCGAGUCCGCCUCUAACGCAUCAAGCACCGAAUGGUCUAUUACUGAACAACAUGGAUCCGAAUAAUCCGAUCCCGUCGAAUCACGAUCAAUUUGAUGUAAACAAACCGGCCUACAUUAAACAGCUGAUCGACGACGACGUGGAUCGUCCCAAUUUCGAUAUGGAUCUGCUGCUAAAAAAUUCCGUGUGCGGAAUGACCAGGAACGGCAAGCACGAUGACGACGAGCACGAGUUCGCGUUCACGGACGUAGGUCCGGAGACCGACGUCGACGCCGGCGAGGACGUGCACGGCAAGAAUUACUCGGCCCUCGCCGCAUCGUCAUCGAUCGAGCCGAUCCCCGAGAGCGAGAAGUCGCCAAUGGAAAUCGAGAAGCACAGCAACGACGACGACGACGACGACAGGAACGACAACGAUUAUUCUAACCGCGACAACGCGAACGUCUGCCCGGCGGAUUCGGUAGUAAACGAUGGCGACGUGGACAAUCGUGUCCGACCGAGUGACAUAGACGUUCGCGGCGCGGACGUCGAAACGCUGCGCGACACCGGUGACGACGACGACGACGACGAUGACGACGGCAUGCGCCGCGCAUCGCCACACGAGAUCGCCAGAUUCGCCGACACGCAUACCGUCGUGGACGACGACGAGUCGCCACCCUCGCCGCGAGCUGCUAAACCUCUUCAGCAUGCACUGAUCGUAGCGGAUAAUGUAGCGGACAGCGAGGAUUCCGAGGACGAGUGGAAUUAUUAUCGUGCCGAUCCGAAAAAAACAGCCGCAGCGGCAGCUGCUACCGUAGACGAAUCCCUCAAAGACAUUGAGGCGCUCAUUCCACAAAAGAAUCUCGAGUCUGUCGAGGUAAUUUGCUCGGAAGUCAUUCAGUCUUCGAAAGCAGAAAACGAUAUUAAAUGCGAAGGAACAGCGAACGAUAUCUCCUCGCCUGAGCUUAUCAGCAUCGACAUAAGCGACGAGAAGAAGUCGAGCAAUUCGGAGCAGUCUUUCGUAGAUCUACAGGAAGAGAAGAAAGAAGAACAGGACAUGGAUUUCCAAUUGAAUCCGGAGGCAGCCGAGUUUGUGCCGUUAUCACCACCGUUAUUGUCCAACAGAGAGUGCUUGAAGGAUUUUGCCAUUAGCGGCUCUCCUCUAAAACACACGCAGACGAUGGAUGAUAUUCCUGUACCGAGCGAGAGCGAGUUCGAUAAGGAAGUGUGUCAUCGGCCGAAAGAGAUCGAAAAGUGCUUCCCGCACGAGGAGAAUGCAGAUCUCCAGAAUAAUAGCUCGCAUAAUCUGGACGUAUCCGAGAUUUCGUCGACCAAGGCCGAAAUGGGCGACGACGAAUCUAUGAUGCAUAUCAUGUCUACCUCGCAGUGGCAGACGGAUAUCUCUUGUCAGUGGAACGAAAAGACGCAAGACGACGCGGAAUCCGAGGAGGAGAGCGACGUUGUCGUCAAGGAUAAUCCCAUGGCUAUGUCACUCACCCCGGGUAACUUGAUGGCGGCGUUGGAAAAAGAUGUCGAUCUGAAUGCCGUGCACAUGUUGGACGAUAGUUCGGAUGGUGCCGAACAAGCGAACACACCACCGCGUUCACCCGAAGUGCCUGAGCCACUUACGGUGAUUAAGGAUCAACUCACCGAGGAUCGCGCGAACGCAUUUGUCGAAGAUGUGGGCAAGAAUCCGAUCUUAUCUACGUCAACACCACACACAACCCUAGAUGACACUGUAAACUCCUCCAAUAUUAGCUUCGACACCUCGUACACCUCUUCUCAAUACAGAACCGAUAGUGAUGAACCGAUAGAUUCGGAUCUAUUGUAUUCUUAUGAAAAAAUACGCGAUCCCAUUGCGAGAAAGGUACUGCAUAAUACGGAGGGGCCGUACAUGCCAGGAUGUAAGCUUGACGAGUUUGAAUACGAUAAGAUAAUGGAAGAACGGACUAUCAAAAAUAUAGACAGAACAUCAAAAGAAAGGGAGUCUUCUGACAUAGGAGAAGAGAAAGUAAACGAAAGUAUGGACUUUGAAGAGAAAGAAAACAAAAUUACGGACUCCGAAGAGAAGGAAAACAAAAGUUUGGACUCUGAAGAGAAAGAAAACAAAAUUAUGGACUCUGAAGAGAAAGAAAACAAAAAUAUGGACACCGAAGAUAAAGAAAACAAAAGUCUGAAUUUCGAAGAGGAAGAAAACAAAAAUAUAGACUUCGAAGAGGAAGUAAACAAAAGUUUUGACUCCGAAGAGAAAGAAAAGUCUCGUUCAAAUUUUAUUGCUGCAAUGGAAUCGAUAAACUGGGAGAAGUGUCCAAAACCGCCGAUAUUGGAAUUUGAAAUACAGUGUGCUCAGCUUAGGAAAGAUAAUCCUCAGGCUUUUCCUGAAAACUCAGGUUUAAUUGAAUUACAGCACAAAAUGGAACUUAAUGAAUCGAAUCAAUCUAAUAACUGGCCGGAUUUCUAUGAAACAGAAAAUGCGAAAAUGCCCUUAUCUCAAAAUCCCGAGUGUAGGGUUUCCUAUCUUUUCCCUCAUCAAACAGAAAGGAAAAAUAUAAGCGAAGGAGAGUUUGACGAGAAACGUGUUUGUGCUGAUGAGGAAUUACAUUCAUCUGAUUCGAUGAUACAACCUAGCAGUGUGACGGAUCUGCAAUCUCAAGACAAGUUGCCUGGAGACGUGCCGAUAAGAACCACGACACUGACUGAGGACUUGCUCACUUGCCCAAUUGAGCAAGUACAAGCAGAGAAAAAAGACGCGGAAUUUCCACCAUCUGAUAAUGAUAAAGAAAAAAUUAUUUUCGAAAGUAUUCCUCCGAAACAGGAAGAGACUGAAGAGUCACAGAAAACUGUAGAAGCAUUAUUAGAAGAUACCGCAACGAUAGACAAAUCGAAAGAAAAAGUUAGUGGAAUCGCAACGGAAGCCGUCGAGUUAACGAAGGCGGUCGCCAACAUCGUAGGCCCAACGAAAACGAAGACGACUACGACGACGAGCGCGAAACGUCCAACGAAAACGACUACGACGGCGAGAGCGACAACGGUGUCGACAACGAAAACGGCAACAAAAUCGCCAACCUCGCCCUCUAAGACGAUCAGUGCAGUCAUGCGAACAACGUCGUCACCGGCACAAUCGACUGCGAAGAAACUGGCUACGAGUACCGCGACUCGUCCUAAACAAUUGGUGGAUGGAUCGGCCAAGGCAGCAGUCUUGAGCGUCAAUGGUAAAACUACCGUUACGAAGACAGCAACAGCGAGAGCCAGCUCUUCCCCACGUGUAAGCGCUGGUACGAGACCAAAAACGACGACCACCACCGCCUUGUCGAAAGUAAACAGCGGGACAUCGAUCGAGAAGAAGUCAACGUUGAGUGGUGACGCGAAAUCCGUCAGUAAGUCCGCCACCGCGAAGCCAGCGAGCGCCACUCCUAGAACAACGACCACUGGCACGACCGCGAGGACUACAUUGGCCAAAACGUCAACAACGACCGCGAAAACGUCGACAUCCAGCGUAACGCCGAAACCACGAUCCGUGUCCGCGACUUCAGCCGUUAAAAUCACACCGACAUCGAAACCGUCUACAAUCGGCUCGUCGAGGCCCAGAACCGCACCGACUUCCGGUGGCACGACCAAGCCGCGCGAAAGUACCGUUAAAACGCUCACCAGUAAGUCACCGUUGAUCGACAAACAGAGCAAAGAGACCGUCAACAAGCAAAUCUCCCGUUCCGGAGCAUCGGCGCCCAAGACGAGUGGUCGCGCUUCCGCAUCUGUCGGUAGUUCGACACCCACUGGCGCUACAAAGGCACGCACACCGUCGGGAAAAUCGGUUGGAAACGCUACAGCGAUCUCGCCGACGAAGAAGACUCUGACAUCGAAGACCGCGUCGAGGACCACCCCCGUCACCGUGACGAAGCGAGUAUCCUCGGGUGAGACCAAGGUAAUACAGAAUGGAAUUCCCAAGGAGGACGUGACCAAAGCUGCCGUCAUAACAGCCACGAGCAUGCCCGAGGACGACGUGCCGCGAAAGGACGCGUCGCCGGUGAACGUGCCGACCGAUAAUCAGCUGAUCGCCGAUUGAACGGUCGAUCGGUAAGCCGCGAACUGUCCGCCAGCUUCGCGACAGCAUACGUCGGCCUAUAGGAAUUACACGUCGUCGCGGGUUUAACACGUGAACCAAUACAUAGGUUUUUCCUUCUUAUUAUUGUUUAACGGACAGAACACGACCGCGCGUCGAAACCACAUCCACUGGAGUAGUGCGUUUAAGGGGAUUAUACAUGUAUGUCAAACCGAAAAAUUUUUUAUUCUUGCGUGAAUGCAUACAUACGUGACAAGGGAUGUUCGUCUAUCAGGGAGAGCGAGGCAUAACCUAAACAUUGCUUUCGACAACUGCUGCCUUAUCGUAAUAAGGAUCGAUAGUCUUGUUAUGUAAAUAUAAUUCGGAUGCGUUCUCAUGCGUCAUUAUUUUGCAACCGUGAUCCACGGGCCUGAGAUUGUCUGGGAGAGGACUCAGACGGUGCUCGUGACGGCCUGAGAAAAUGGACUUUCAGCACCGAUACGGCAGUACGUUAAUCUUUAAUCUUUAACAAAAGUUGAUAAAAUAUACGGAUUUUUUUACAAUUUUUAAUUUUAUAUACGCAUUAUAAUUGAUAACGAUUACUCGCGACACAAUUUUUUACUCGAAUGACAAAAAGAAACUAAAAAGAGAAAAGCAAGGGAGUAGAGGGAAGCGUAUAUUUAUUCUUGUUUGUUCCUAUUUUUGAAGUUGAAUUCAUUGCGAGAUAUAUAUUGACUCGUAAUCAUGAUAUAUAAUGCUAUCUUAUCUAUGUGUACAGCACCCUUAAUGAUUUAAUGUGAUAUCUUACAGUACUAUUAAAUAAAUUCGAAUGAUACGCAAGAGAAGCCAAGAAGAAGUUCGUAUAUGUACAUGAACGGAGAAAGAGAAAAGGAGUAGAAUCCAAAGGUUCAGUUGAGAAAGAGAAAAAGGAAUCAAAGAAAUACUCGUGUGUGUCUCGUAUAAUAUUUCGGUCGUUCUUUUUAAAUCUUCUUUAAUCAAACGUUUGGAUCCUGCUUUUCGCAUUUCUCGACGCGAUCGACGUUGGCGAUUGUCGCGUGCGUUUAAAGCUUUUUUAUACAUUGCACAACUCGCAAUUCUCUCUCUUGCGUCUCGACGCUUCCCAACUGUUGGAGCGCGCGCUCGGAUCGACAACGUUCGAUACUGUGCGUUCAAUUACUGUGGAAACUUCGGUCGAAGAAAUGGUUUCCUUUUCUUUUUUUUUUUUUAUUUCGCUUGACACUCCCCCCCGAUCGUGGAAUAUUAUUACUUUCGUCUGAUUUUAUCGCAACCGAAACAUGCACGCGCGAAGGUUUCCAAGUGCGCUCAACGCGAGCGUUUUAAACGAGAGCCUUCCUGCGAGCGCAACGAGAAUCAAGGAUCAUAAAGUGACCCGGCGAGUUUCUUUUGUAAGGUGAAUAUCGUUUGAUUCGAAAGGAUACGCGAGCGAGUCAUCCGCGCGAGCGACUCGCGAUGCCGAUCUGGUACACACGCACAAUAUUCAAUAUAUGAUAUACAAAUGCGGCUCCGUAGCAACGAGAGAGUGUAGCUUAGCGUUUCACAUGCGCGUUUCGUAUUCAUGUUAUUCCGAUUUUCUUGUG